UGUCUUCCAGCAGCGGUCACAUGACCCAUUUUUAUUCUGCUCCUUCCAGGUAUAUUUUGUCUACGACGAGGAGGUAGAAGAAGAAGAGAAAGAGGAACCUCCUCCCCUAGAACCAGUUAAACCAGUCAACGACAAACCACACAAGUUCAAGGACCACUAUUGCAAGAAACCAAAGUUUUGCGAUGUCUGUGCACGCAUGAUCGUUUUGAACAAUAAGUUUGCACUGCGAUGUAAGGAUUGCAAAACCAGCAUCCACCACCAGUGUCAGUCCUACGUGGAGUUCCAGAGGUGUUUUGGCAAAAUUCCUCCAGGAUUCAGAAGAGCGUACAGUUCUCCUCUGUACAGCAGUCAGCAGAAUGCAACAGUAUCUCAGCUGCUGCCUUUUUCACAGUCAAACCGCACUGACCCUGUGUUUGAGACGCUGCGGAUCGGUGUGAUCAUGGCCAACAAGGAGCGUAAAAAAGGGUCGGAGGACAAGAAGAACAUGAUGAUGAUGAUGAUGGAGGAAGAUGAGUCCCAGCCCAAACAGGAGGAAGAAGGAGGUGAAGGAGCAAACACAGAAGGAGACAAAAGAGGAGACAAAGCUCCUGCUGAUGACAAGAAUAAAAAGCUUCAGCCAGGGAAGAUUGGUGUGUUCAGUCAGUCUCACUACUAUCUGGCUCUCUAUCGCUUCAAGGCCAUAGAGAAAGACGACCUGGACGUGCAUGCUGGCGACCGCAUCACAGUGAUAGAUGACUCCAAUGAGGAGUGGUGGAGGGGGAAGAUCGGCGAGAGAACAGGCUUCAUACCUGCCAACUACAUCAUCCGAGUGCGAGCAGGAGAGAGGGUCUACAAGGUGACACGCUCCUUUGUCGGCAACAGAGAGAUGGGCCAAAUCACUCUGAAGAAAGACCAGAUUGUGGUAAAGAAGGGUGAGGAGGUGAACGGCUACCUGAAGGUCAGUACAGGACGUAAGCUUGGCUUCUUCCCUGCCAACCUGCUGCAGGAGAUAUGAAGAGAGCCAGCAGCUGUCUCAACCCUCCAGCUCUCAUGGCGGUUUCAUCACCUGCUGUCGCUGGAUAGCUUGUUCUCGGUCCAAAGCAGCAGCACUGAAACACUUUCUACUUGAAUUUGUAUUUCAACGCAUUUUCCUGUGUUCCUUCUCAAACUUCACACAUGACCAUCCAAAGCCUGCAUGCAGAAUAUAUUGUGACAAGUGUACCUACUUACUAUGCGGAGACAGAUAAAUAGUUUGCAGCUGUUGGUUGAGUCUGAGGAUUAUGGCUGUUAUCAAAAGGAUUGAAGAGCAGCAACUUUUUUUUAUUUAUUUUGGCUUUAUUUUAUUUUCUGGCUUAGACAAAAAAAAGUGGUUGUCUGGUAACAGGUGAAGCAUUAUUACUCAUUUGAAAUAUGCUUUUCAUUUCAUUUUACAUUGAAGCAACAUGUUGUUUGUUAUGUUUUG